GAGCUGGAGGGGCGGGAGCUCAGUCGAGCCCUGGGCUGCUGCCAGCUCCGACCUGGCACUCGCUCGUCUGUGUCACCAUCAGGAUUUGUCUAGCGACGUGUUCCCUAACGGGGUGUGUUGGGGGGAGUCCUCUUCCUGACUAUCAAAAUGGUUAUCAAAGUGUUUGUUGCCACAUCUUCUGGGUCCAUAGCGAUUAGGAAGAAACAGCAAGAAGUGGUGGGCUUUUUGGAAGCUAAUAAAAUAGACUUUAAGGAACUGGAUAUAGCCGGAGAUGAAGACAAUAGGAGGUGGAUGAGAGAGAAUGUUCCUGGAGAGAAAAAACCUCAAAACGGGAUUCCUUUGCCUCCCCAGAUCUUCAAUGAAGAGCAGUAUUGUGGGGACUUUGACUCUUUCUUCUCUGCAAAAGAAGAGAAUAUUAUUUAUUCGUUCCUUGGUUUGACUCCCCCUCCAGGCUCAAAGGUGACAAAAUCGCCUGACGAAGCAUCUUCCCUUCCCAAUGGUGAUCUGAUGGGAGAGGCACAGAGCUCUGCAGAGGGGACAGAGAAGGCUGAAGAAGGAGGAGAUGAAGAUGUGGGCAGCCUCUCCGAAUCCCAAGAGAAGAAUGAAGAAGAAGGAGAGAGAGCAACAGAAGAGAAAACCCAAGCUUGAAACAACAUUUCAAAUGUCUUCCCACAGGCCAAUCUCAACGAAAUACUUUGGUCCAAAGCCAGCACCCCUCUCUCAGUACAUCUGGGGUUCCCUGAAGACUUGUGAUAUCUGAUGUGGUUAGAUGUACAUGAACAUAUCUACUCAAUCCUAUCAAUAAGAAAUUCAAUAUGAAGAUGAUAUAUGGUUACCUUCAUGUGCCUGACUUUCUUGGCCUUUGCUAGUUUUUUUUUUUUUUUUGCUCUGCAUUCUAUAUAAAAAAAUGAUUUCAAGAUAUAAAAGUUCUCUUCGUGAUACAAGAAAAGUAUUUCCUCAUAUGUACCUUAUGCUACUUGUCUCAGAAUUAGCUUUGAAAAUGAAGUGCUUUCCAGAGAACAACUGUAUAAAUAAAGAUUAGCAGCAAAUAUCUUGUCCUGA